AUGACUGGAGUGGCGCUGCUGGAUCUGACGGAGGUAUAUGGCUCAAGCCUCGCCGACGUAUCGUAUCUCAUCACAACCCGUGGCGUGGGCAGCCUACUGGGAUCAAUUCUCGGAGGUAAGCUUCACGACACGUACAACACGCAGGUGGUAUCAAUUCUGGCGAUGGUAGCGAGCUCCAUCACGGUGACCAUGACUCCGCUCAGUGGAUAUCUGGCAAUGGCCCACGUUGCUGUCUUCUUGUGGGGACUCAGCGUGGCUUCUUUCCGCACAGGUGCCAACGUGUGGAUCAUCAGAAUGUGGUCAGAGAACACCAGCCCACCACUGCAAGUUUUGCACUUGGCUUUCGGUAUCGGGGGUCUCCUGGGGCCGUUCAUUGCCCGACCGUUCCUAUCCACGGGUACAGGAGGGAACGCCACCGCAACAAACGCUACCGAAAUCGCAGACCCGAGCUGGAAGCACUCGAGCGACUCUCCCGUCGAACUUGUCGAACAGUGGAGUCAUUCUUCAUCGAGACAAAACAGGGGCACCACUCACGUCUACUGCGCCUUCGGAAUUGUCGGUGGCUUUUAUUUAGCUUUGACCGUCUCGAUGGUAGUUCUGUACUUCGUGGACAGGAGCGACAUUAAAGAAGAUGCUGUGUCCGCCACACACGAGAGGCCCUCUGACGACAACGAACCCCGCGUUCCCGUCCGUUUCACCCGGACUGUCCUAGCAUUCAUGUGUAUCUACUCAAGCGUUUUAGUAGCGCUUGAGAUCACAACGUCUCAGAUGCUGGCGACAUUCGCGGUCAAAAGCGACCUCCAUUUCUCCAAGUCGUCUGCCACUGGCGUCGAGGCCAUGUUUUUCUUCGGUUACGUGGCGAGUCGCCUGACUGCGGCUGUCGUGACCAUCAAAAUGCCCAUGCUCUGGGUUGUAGUGCUCGCUCACGUCAUUCUCGUUCCCACAGCAGCUGUGCUUGUCGCAUUCGGUGCUACAAAUGCUACGGUAUUCCGGGUCGGGGCAGCACUCACGGGUAUCGGUCAGGGCCCCAUAAACGCAGGUUUGGUCUCCUGGACGGCUGGCUACAUCAGUAUCACGAAUAAGAUGAUGUCCCUAUCGAUUGUGGCAGCAGCUAUCGGAUCAAUGACAAUGCCAGUAAUUGUCGCCCAGUUCAUGGACAAAAACCCGAACGUCUUUCUAUACGUGAGUCUUGCAGCUGUCCUGCUGUGCGUAACAAUUUUCACUGCAAUGUACACCUAUGUAAGAAGAGGGCCGGAACUGAGCAACGACACACAGUUGCUCGUGAAUGCAGUUGAUGACGCGCGUCGUGACGCAUCUUCGUGA